AUGACACAUAAUAUUAUAGUUUUGCCAAUUGAACAAUUAGAAAAUUUUUCAGAGGAUGCUAUUGCAGAUUUAACAUAUGUAGUGAAUGAAGGGUAUAGAAAACAAAUUGUGAAAUAUGGUAUUGUUGUGAAUCCACGUAUUCAUGACAAUGAUUCCUUUUUCACUGAUUUAUCAUUAAAACCAAAGACAUGUCUAGUAUAUAUUAUGAUUAAAGAUGUUCAAGAUGUUGGUGGUCCAUUGAGAAUCAUUGACACCGAAGAGAAUGCUGAUUUUAUAUUAUAUGAAAUCAAUGAAACGUACAUUAAAGAUUAUAGAUUUCAUAUGGAAAAUGUUAUGGCUACAAUUGCCUAUAGGCCAUUUCCCUAUGAAGUAAAUGCGCAAGCAUAUGAAGUGACAGCAUUUUGUUCAUUCACUAAACGUGGUGGUAUAUAUAUCUUUCAAGGUACAAAACCUGAUUUCAUCAAGAGGUUCCCCAAUUGCAACGAGUUCAUUGUUCGUGUCAUAGUCGAACAUGAUUUAGUACCAUAUUAUGAAACUAAACUAAAUUUCACAGAGUUUCGUCGUACUCAUGUCUCUUGUGAUAAAUUAGAAGAAUCAGGAUUUUUCAGCUCUUUUAAGACUAAUCAAGAUUUCCAUAUUGCUGACAUGAGACAGCAACUCUUAUUGGCUCCUCCUCGUAGCCAGUGA